CUGGGGAACCUUUAUUGUUGGAAAUAUAGGACCAUACCAAAUGCGAGCAACGGUGGGGGGGGUGUAUUUGUUAUUCCGGCUGUUCAGCGCUUGGAGAGCAUCUGUCUGUCUGACCAUGCGCCUGGAGGAGCUGGAGGCCCGGCCCGCUGUGUUCACCGGAGAGACCCGGAGGUUUGUGCUCAGAGCCCGCUACUGAGCCGCUGGAGGAGAGGGUAACAAGAGAAGAAAAGGAAACACAUUCAGGGCGCAGCGGGACGACGGCCAUUGCAUUUUUGCUUUCUCUGCUCAUAGAAAGAAAGGUAGCAGCAUCCCUUCUGUUUAUCACCGGGAACAACAGACUGCCCAGCGGACAGGGAGCACAAGGAGCCCGCUUCAUUGUCUCUCUUUGUCUCUCUGACUGAGAGCAUUUACUCUCAACAUGUCUUAUUAUGUGACGAUGCUGCUGAUGCUGUCAGUGCUGUGUAACAUCAUCAGCACCUCCAGCGCUGCAUCCUCUGUAUCCAGAAAGUGUGAGGACAGCUUGGCCACUCCUCUCCCCUUCAGCUCCUUCACAGCUUCAUCAGCGUUCGCCCGAGGACAUGAAGCUGGUCACGCCAAACUCAGUCGGAAACAAGGUGCUGGAGGCUGGUCGCCCUUGGAAACUGACCAUCAACAGUGGCUACAGGUGGACCUGGGUUCAAGAAAGCAGGUGGUUGCCAUAGCGACACAGGGUCGCUACAGUAGCCCUGACUGGACCAGCAAGUACCGGCUGUUUUACAGCGACACCCAGAAGAACUGGAGGCCGUACCUACAGGAUGGAAACAUCUGGAUGUUUGAGGGGAACGUUAACAGUGAGGGUGUGGUUCGGUAUGAGCUACAGCACCCCGUCCUGGCUCGCUACAUCCGUUUCAUCCCAGUGGACUGGAACCGGAAGGGACGCAUCGGAGUACGCCUGGAGCUCUAUGGCUGCUCAUAUUGGACCGAUGUGAUCAGCUUUGACGGCCAUGGCAUCAUCCCCUACCGCUUCAGGAGUAGAAAGAUAAAGAUUAUUAAGGAUGUCAUCACUCUAAAGUUCAGAACCACAGCUGGAGAUGGAGUCCUGCUUCACGGAGAGGGACAGCAGGGAGACUACAUCUCCCUGGAGCUCCGCAGGGCAAGACUACAGCUCAGCAUCAACCUCGGAAGUAACCAGUAUGGAUCCAUUCAGGGUCACACCACUGUGACCAGUGGCAGCUUACUGGAUGACGACCACUGGCACUCAGUUGUUAUAGAGCGUUACCGUAGAAACGUCAACUUCACCCUGGACCAUCACACUCAACAGUUCAGGACCAACGGAGAGUUUGACCACCUGGAUCUGGACCAGGAGAUCACUUUCGGAGGGCUUCCUGUUUCAGUGAAGCCGAGCACAGGAGGAAGAGAUAACUUUAAAGGCUGCAUGGAGGGAAUGACCUACAACGGAGACAACAUCACCAACCUGGUCCGGAGGAAGAAAGUGGACGUCUCCAGCUUUCGUAACCUGACUUUCUCGUGUGCCGAGUCCAACAGUUUCUCGGUCUUCUUCAACUCCACGUCCUUCCUGCGGCUCCCCGGUCAGAGUGACAGUGACACUCUGUCGGUCAGUCUGUCUUUCAGGACCUGGAACCCCAACGGGCUCCUGAUGUUUACGGCGCUUUCUUAUGGCUCGGUGGAGGUGGGACUGACCGAGGGGAAGGUUACCGUUCACGUCAAUGUGACGCAGAGGACGAACACACGCAUCGACAUCUCAUCAGGUUCAGGUCUGAAUGACGGCCAGUGGCACAGUGUACACCUGAACGCUUUAGAGUACUACGCUAUGCUGACAGUGGACGGGGACGAGGCAUCCACCGUCAGGACAGCUAUUCCCAUCCAGAUCCAGACCGGAGGAACCUACUACUUCGGAGGCUACUUCCUGCCCGCCAACACCAGAACGCUGCAGCGCUCCUUCCAGGGCUGUAUGCAGAUGAUUCACGUAGACGACCAUCUUUCUGACCUCAGGGCCGUGGAGCAGGGUCUCAUCGGAACCUUUGAAAAUGUCAGCCUGGAUAUGUGUGCCAUCAUAGACAGGUGUGUUCCUAACCAUUGCGAGCAUGGCGGACGCUGUACACAGACGUGGGACGCAUUUAGCUGCAAUUGUAGCGGCACCGGCUACACCGGAGCUACCUGUCACAACUCUUUGUAUCAGCAGUCCUGUGAGGAGUACAAGCACCAGGGGAAGAGCUCGGGGAGCUACUGGAUAGACCCAGACGGCAGUGGAUCUAUCGCCCCCUUCAGAGUCAGUUGUGACAUGACAGAGGAGAAGGUUUGGACCACACUGAAGAACAACCUGUCCCCUCAGACAUCAGUGAGCAGAGCAGAGGAGGACGGGAAGGCGGCUCUGCAGAUCACUUACAAUGUGACAGAUGAACAGGUUUCAUCAGUCACCAGCAGUGCAGGAUACUGUGAGCAGUUUGUAGCUUACACCUGUCGAAUGUCUCGUCUGCUCAACACUCCAGAAGGUGUCCCGUUUACCUGGUGGGUUGGAAGAGCCAAUGAGAGGCACUUUUACUGGGGGGGUUCAGGACCAGGCAUACAGAAGUGUUCCUGUGGUAUUGAACACAACUGUACUGACCCCAAAUACUUCUGCAACUGUGAUGCUGACCAGCGCUCCUGGAGGGAAGAUGCAGGCCUGCUGGUCUACAAAGACCAUCUGCCCGUCAGUCAGGUUGUUGUCGGGGACACGAGCAGAGCUGGAUCUGAAGCCAAACUGACGAUAGGACCACUGAGAUGUCACGGCGAUCGGAGCUACUGGAACGCAGCGUCCUUCAGCAGUCCAGCCUCCUACCUGCACUUCCCUUCCUUCAGAGGAGAAACCAGCACCGACAUCUCCUUCUACUUUAAGACGUCCUCCACACACGGAGUCUUCCUGGAGAACCUGGGAACCACCAACUUCCUUCACAUUGAACUCAGAGGAGGCUCAGCGGUCUUCUUCUCGUUUGACGUCGGCAGUGAGCGGGUGGAGCUCAGUGUCCACUCACCUGUGCCUCUAAAUGAUGGCCAGUGGCAUCGUGUGGAGGUGGAGAAGAACAUCAAGGAGGCGGGGCUUCGGCUUGAUGGACAGCACAGGGAGGUGAAACCCACCCCCCCUCAGGGACACACAAGGAUGGAGUUCUACAGUGACCUAUAUGUUGGGGCCUCCAGUGGGCAGAGGGGUUUCCUGGGCUGCAUGCGGGCCCUGAAGAUAAAUGGUGUGACCUUUGACCUGGAAGGCAGGGCAAAGGUGACUCCAGGGGUGAACCCAGGCUGCCAUGGUCACUGCAGCAGCUUUGGGACGCACUGCAGGAACGGAGGGAAGUGUGUGGAGAAGUACAAUGGAUACUCGUGUGACUGCUCCCUCACUGCGUACGAUGGACCCUUCUGCACUGAGGAUAUUGGUGGUUACUUUGAAACAGGAACCCUGGUCCGCUACGACUUCCUGCCUGAAGCCGGAUCUUCUUCAUUGCCGGAGCUGAAGGCCUCGCCGGGUGUCGGUGUUCCAGUUGAGUCCGACCUGACCCACGAGGAGCUUUUGUUCAGCUUCAGCACCUCCAGUGCUCCCAGCAUCCUGGUCUACAUCAGCUCCAGGACUCAGGACUACAUGGCUGUGGUGCUCAGACACAAUGGCACUCUUCAGAUCCGCUACAGCCUCGGAGGGCUAGCAGAACCUUUCACCAUCGACGUCGACCAUCGCAACUUGGCUAACGGACAGCCACACUCAGUCAACAUCACCAGAAAGCUCAGGGAGAUCCGACUACAGCUGGACCACUACCCAGUGUCCACACACACUCUACCUGAGGCCUCCGAUACGCACUUCAACUCGAUCAAGAGUAUAUUUCUUGGGAAAGUCUUUGAAACGGGUCAGAUAGAUCCCAUCCUGAUCGAGCGCUACAACACGCCCGGCUUCGUGGGCUGCCUGUCACGAGUUCAGCUGAACAGCGUGGCUCCGCUGAAAGCCGCUCUGCGCUCGGGCAUGGCCGCGCCCGUCAGCACCCAUGGGAUCCUGGUGCCAUCCAACUGUGGCGCCUCACCCCUGACCAUCUCCCCCAUGGCCUCGGCCAGCGACCCGUGGCACAUAGAAGCUGCUGGAGCCGUCUUCCCCUUCAACGAGGACAAGGCCAAUAGUGAUGAAGUGGACCGCAACUCUGCAAUAGUUGGAGGCAUCAUCUCCAUGGUGAUCUUCAUCGUCCUCGGCAUCAUGGUGUUUGUGAUCCGCCACCUGUUCCGUCAUAAAGGCUCCUACCACACAAAUGAGGCUAAGGGGGCGGAGUCAGCAGACUGUGCCGAUGCAGCGAUCAUUGUCAAUGACCCCGCCUUCACCGAAACCAUCGACGAGAGUAAGAAGGAGUGGUUUAUCUGAAGCUCCCUCGGCAACACGGACUCAUGACGUUAGGAUGUAUGUAGUUUUUUAAGCAUAGGGGCGUAGUAGUGAGGAGACCACCUGUGAAACCUCCAGGGGUGUGGGGAUGGGGUUUAUUCUUUUACGUUUUACGGACACCAUGGCGUUAUUAAAGCACAGGGCGCGGUGCUGCAGGGCGGAGCCUGAGCAGAAGAGGAGCAGUGGGAUGACGGCCUCAGCUGGUGAUGUCAUGAAGGCCUCGGAUGAAUGUGUUCAUAAGCUUUUAUUUUUUAUUUAUUUCACUCCACAAUUAUAUUUAUUUAUUCAUAUUUAAGUAAAUUAUAUUUUUUCACAAAAGUUUAUUUUUGGUUUAUUUUUGUUUCCAUUCAGGAUGAUUAUCUCCAUGCCUUCGUGUUUAACGUGCUGUGAUGUCAUCACAUCAUGCACUCAACGCCUGUAGCAAAGCUCAACGUUUAAACCUUAUUUUCAGUCGUUUGCCUUAUUUUGAUUAGCGUUAAAAAAAGCUUCAUUUUAGCCUUAAGACAGGAGAUUUAGUGUGUGUGUGUGUGUGUGUAAGGGGGGGCAUGCUUGUCUGUAAAGGAGACGUAGCCAUGACUUGGGACUGAGGACGAGAAAAAUGAAAAUGUCACACCUUGAAUUCAUUUUGCUUCUAUGAGCUUCUAAUUUGUCGUUACAUUGACGGAGUAUCAGGGUUGCAGAAAGA